GUCGGAACAUAAAGGAGGAAUACGUUUGGGAAAUGAAUCAGGGUGUUUUUGGCGCGCCUGGGUGGCACCUUUGUUGAGAUGCUCGCUAAAUCGCCUUUGCUCUCUCGACAGUCGCGAACAGAGCGCCGUAGACGUUAGCCGGGCGAGUGUGGUCAUGUUUGUACACGUUAAAGUCUGUCGAUGGGUAUGUAGGCCACAAGCAACUGAUUUAUGAGAUGGAGCAGUGUUUGUCACCUGCAGAUGUGAGGGGGCCAAAACCGAAACAGGGCUUGGGAAUUGUGAAGAAAAAGAAGAAAAAUGUAAGAACUACUAAAUCCACAGCACAGAGUGACAGAGACGUGGGCCAAUCAGAGACCACGGAAAAGCAUGGGGAGCAGACUGACACCCAAAAGGGCAAUCUUACCACACACAGUGAACUCUCAGCCAGCAAAGAUAGUCUGCCUGACAUCAGCAACGCAGAGGGCCCAGAAAUUCUGAAGAAAAUGAAGAAAAAUUUAAGACCCAUUAAAUCUACAGCACAGGUUGGCCGGGAAGUAAACCAAUCAGAGGGCACUGAGAAUCAAGGGGAGGAGACUGAAACCAAACAGGACAGUCUUUUGACUCACAAGGAACUCUCAGCCAGCAAUGACAGUCUCUCUGACAACAAAAAGAGCUCCGGAAUUUUGAAGGAAAUGAAGAAAAUGUUUAGGCCCCUUAAAUCCACAGCACAGAGUGACAGAGAAGUGACCCAAUCAGAGAGCACUGAGGAAUAUAGGGAAGAGACCAACACCCAAAAGGACAGUCUUACUGCAAACAGAGAACUCUCAGCCAGCAAUGACAGUCUCUCUGACACCAGCAACACAGAGGGCUCAGAAAUUCUCAAGAAAAUGAAGAAAAAUUUAAGACCCGUCAAAUCAACAGCACAGAUCAGCUCUGAUGCCGACAGUGUGGACCCCCUACAGACACACAGCACCACAGAGACAGAGCUGGUGCCCCCUGAAAACACACAGAAAAAAGGCGGGAAACUUGCUGGAAUGUUCAGAAAGUCCCCCAAACCUGCAGAGUGCAGUCUACCUGUGCAGGAAAAUGAAUCUCCACCCACUGAGCUCUCGGCCAGCAAUGACAGUCUCCCAGAUGUCAACACAAAGGAAAAAGGAGACAAGCUCACAGAAUGGUUCAGAAGGGCCCCGAAGUCUGCUGAGCGCCUGAGGCCUGCUCAGGAAAAUGAAUCUUCAUGCAGUGAACUCUCAGCCAGCAACGACAAUCUGUCAGACAUCGGUACAAAGGAGAAAGGAAGAAUAUUCGGUGGAAUGUUCAAAUCCAAAUCUCCCAAACCUGCCGAACGCACCCUACCUGUACAGGAAGAUGAAUCUGUACGGAGUGAACUCUCAGCCAGCAACGACAGUCUCUCAGACAGCGGCACAAAGGAGAAAGGAGGAAUAUUCAGUGGAAUGUUCAAAUCCAAAUCCUCUAAACCUGCUGAGAGCACACUAACUGUACAGGAAGAUGAAUCUGUAUGGAGUGAACUCUCAGCCAGCAACGACAAUCUCUUAGACAGCGGCACAAAGGAGAAAGGAGGAAUGUUCAGUGGGAUGUUCAAAAAACCUCCCAAAAUUUCUAGAGGCCCUACACCUGCACAGGACAAUCUUUCUACACACAGUGAAAUUUCAGGCAGCAACGAUAGUCUCUCUGACGACAACACCACAAAGACAGCAAGAGAAUCAAGCCAACCAAACAGCAGUGAGAACCACAAGGAGGAGGCAGACAACCGACAGGACAAAGGGUUUGGUGGACUUUUCCGGAAGCUGCCUAAAGAUAGGACUGUCACCUUCACUAGUUAUGUAACCGACGUUAACCCGGAGGAAGAGAAGGGCAGACCUGAUAAUAAACAGAUCAGCUCUGAUGCCGACAGUGUGGACUCCUUACAGACACACAGCGCCACAGAGACAGACCUGGAGCCCCCUGAAAACACACAGAAAAAAGGAGGGAAGCUCUCGGGACUUUUCAAAUCCAAAUCCUCUAAACCUGCUGAGAGCACACUAACUGUACAGGAAGAUGAAUCUGUACAGAGUGAACUCUCAGCCAGCAACGACAGUCUCUCAGACAGCGGGACAAAGGAGAAAGGGGGAAUAUUCAGUGGAAUGUUCAGGUCCAAAUCUCCGAAACGUUCUAAAGAUCCCACACCUGCAGUGGACAAUCUGUCAGUAAACAGUGAGCUCUUGGGCAGCACCGACAGUCUCUCUGACAACAACACAAAAAUCAGCUCUGAUGCCGACAGUGUGGACCCCCUACAGACACACAGCGCCACAGACACAGAGCUGGAGCCCCCUGAAAACACACAGAAAAAAGGAGGGAAGCUCACUGGACUUUUCCGAAAAUCCCCGAAACCUGCUGAGAGCACACUAACUGUACAGGAAGACGAAUCACAGCAGACUGAACUCUCAGCCAGCAACGACAGUCUCGCAGACAGCGGGACAAAGGAGAAAGGAGGAAUAUUCAGUGGAAUAUUCAGGUCCAAAUCUCCGAAACCUGCAUCUGCACAGGUCUCCAUGGACACUGAGAGUGGAACCCUUGCAGGUCGAAAUAAGAUGCCAAAGAGGAGGGUAUCAUUCAGAGUGAAGAGAACGCUUCCCAGACUUCCAGGAAUAACUUUCCAAACCCCAAUAAAGGAAACUGAGGAAGAGGAACUGUUGCGGCAAUCUGUGGAGAUGGAGGAGCGAUCCUCAGUGCAGGUCUGUUUGGGUCAAUACGUGUGCGCUACACUGGGGAGUGUAGGACUAUGUGUGUGCUACACUGGGGAGUGUAAUAUCAUGUGCGUGUUACAGGAGAGCUCAGUGGAGGUUGAGAUGGUGGAGAUUGCUCCGUUGCCCAGUGAAAGCGAUCUCCUUGACUCCGCGGAGGAUGACGAUGGCUUACUCGAUUGGUGGAGAACGGUGGAUGGUUGGCACGAGUGGAACGAAUCUUCAAACUUUAAGGAGGAUGAAGAAGAGCUGGCGAUCGAGCAGACCGCCGACCGCGUGUUCCUGGCGGCCCAGGUCUUCGUGCGCCUCUUCAACCACCGGGGGGCGUCCCUGCAGCAGCGCAUCCUGGAGCUGCUGGCGCUGGCCGACGCGGCCGACAACUUCCACAAGCGCGCGCUGCAGGCCAGCAUGGGCGGCCGGGUGGCCAGCGUGGUGGGCAGCGUGACCACCAUCACCGGCCUCAUCCUCGCGCCCUUCACCUUCGGCAGCUCCAUCAUCGUCACGGCCGUGGGCAUCGGCGUGGCGACCGCCGGCACCAUCACCUCCGCCUCCGCCCACAUCACCGACUCCGUCCACUUCACCCUCGACCGCAAGAAGGUGGAGAAAAUGAUCGAGGACUACGAAAACGACAUCAAGGACAUACAGGAAUGCAUGGAAUUUGUACAGGAAGGGAUGGAGGUACUGCAAGGGUCGAACUUUGAGAAGUACACAGACAGCGUGGCAAAGCGAGCGCUGAAUCGGAACAUCAAACACGUAGUGAAGGAAGGCGCUCGAGCGGGCAAGGCUCUGAUGAUCAACACGGACAAACUGGUCAGCACUGUGCAAGUACUGAGUGUAGCAGGUGGGGCGGCUAAAGCUGCCCAGGCGAUCAGCGUCACCACUGGCGUCAUGUCCGCGCUCUUCCUCGCUCUCGACAUCUUCUUCCUCGCCAAGGACUCUCACGAUCUGCGCAAGGGUGCCAAGACCAAGUUUGCCAAAAAGCUCCGCGAGGUGUGCAAGGAACUGCAAGACGGAAUUCUGGAACUGAACCGGGUCAAAACCGCCCUGCAGAAGACCAUGGACGGCAUUGAGGUGGAAGAGUACGAGGAGGAGGAGGAAGAGGAGGACGAGGAGGAUCUGGAGCUUAAGUCUGAUCCGAAAAAACUGGCCCAACUGGAGGAGGAGAUAAAUCAGAUAGAACAGAAACUGGACCAGGAAGUCCUGGAGAAGAAAAGAGAGGGGGAAGGAGAGGGAAGAAAGGAGACGAGAAAAAACGAUAGUAAGGAAGGGUAUGAAAAGCCCCAAAAAGGAAAGAUUGAAAACGGUGAGAAAAAAGUGGAAAGUGUGAAGGAAGAGGGGGAGGUCAGAGCAGGAACAGGGAAGGUAGAAAGUGAAGGUAGAAAAUGUGCAAUAAAUGAAAUGGGAAACCAAGAUGGGAAUGAAGAAAGAAAAAAAGAGAAGAGGCAGGGGGAUAUAAAAAAGGAAAAGAAGAGAGAAGGGGAUGAGCUGGGAAAAAGUGGAAAGAGAGACGGGGACGGACGGGGUAAAAAAGGAAGUAGAGAGGAGGCUGAAUGGAGAAAGAACACAAACGAAGAGAGGGAUGAACGAAGGAAAAAAGAACCAAAAGUGGGGGAUGAACGAUGGAGGAAUGCAACGAGUGACUCAAUUCCUCCACCAGCUCGGCCUCGAUCAAAAGCCAUAUCCCAGAACGCAGAAGAGACUAGCUGGGAAGGGCCAGUCACAGACCCAAAAGCUCCGCACCCUGACCCAGCCAAGAGGCGCGCUUCCUGCAGGGAGCCGCUCUCGAUCUGACCCCCCAUAUCCAAGGCAGAAUACUGGUGUCUGCUAGUAUGGCAGGCCUUGGGACAAUCAGCUUUGUUAAUGGCGGCCUGUAGUGUAGUGGUUAAGGUACAUGACUGGGACCCGCAAGGUUGGUGGUUUGAUCCUCGGCUCUUGAGCAAGGCCCUUAACCCUGCAUUGCUCCAGGGGAGGAUUGUCUCCUGCUUAGUCUAAUCAACUGUAAGUCGCUUUUGAUAAAAGCAUCAGCCAAAUGACAUGUAAUGUAAUGGGACAUAUACAUAUUAAUCCAGUCUUGUAUUUUGAUUGUUUGAUAUUAUUCCAUGUUGAUAGGGUGCUGACUUUUCUUGUACUGCCAUUUUGUGUCUGUUUGGGUCACCACUGUUCUUUCUUUGUCACAUAUUCCCCCCUGAAGAACACUACAGAGCCGAACUUGUGUAUAGAGGACCGAAUAAAUUAAUAAGUCUAUUCAUUAAAUUCUCAUGUGAAAUAUUCUUGUAAUACUUAUUUCUAAAACACUAUUUUAUUUUAUAAUGACACUUUUUUAAGAUGACAGUCUUGAUGUCAAAUCUAUUGACUAUGAUCAGUUGGUUUGCAAUGAACAAUAAAGAUAUCUUUAAAAAAAAAUCA